UUGUCCUCAGGACAGCGGGCAAAGGAGAGGAAGAGGUGAAAUAAAACCCCUCUCCUUCUUAAUCUCUCUUCUCUCCGACAAUAAAAAGCAUCUCUUAGGGGCGGAGAGGUGGCGCAGAAAAAAAAAAUUCAUAAAAAUUGAAUAAAAGGAAAAAAAGAAAAUGGGAGCGAAGAUUGUCGUAUCAGCAGUGUCGAUCAUUCUGGUGGUCGGCGUUGCCAUCGGAGUGGUUGUCACUGUCCACAAGAAUGGCAGCAGCAGCGGGUCCGACAAGUUGAGCCCUCAGAUGAAGGCCAUCUCAUCCAUGUGUGACCCGACCAGCUACAAGGAGGUCUGCAUGCAGACCCUCAGCUCGGCCACCAACAACGGCACCACCGACCCAAAGGAGCUCAUCAAGGCCUCCAUCAAUCUCAUCGCCAACAAUGUCCAGAGCAGCCUCAACGCGACCAAGUCCUUGUUGGCAUCCGUCAAUGACCCCAACAUCAAGUGGUCGCUUGAGAACUGCCACAAACUGCACGAGACCGCAAGCGAGAGGCUCCAGAAAGCCAUCGCCGCGGUCACGGAUAGCGACCUGACCGGGUUGGGCGAUCGUGCUGCUCAGGUACAGAACUGGCUGAACCCAGUGAUCUCAAACACGGUGACGUGCAUUGACGAGUUGGACGACUCCCCUGCCAAGGAGCAGAUCAAGAGCAUUGCCUCCAACAUCAAUAAGAUCACAGACAAUGCCCUUGCAAUCCUCGGCGAGUUGCCCAAGGUCCUCGCUGCAUUCGACAUCAAGUUGAACCUCACCUCCUUCCAGACCAGCAGGAGGCUUCUCCAGGAGGACGCAUCCACUGAGUACCCCUCAUGGUUCCCGGUUUCCGACAGGAAGUUGAUGGCCCGUGGCAAGCGUGGAGGCCAUCCCACUGGCCCCAGAGCCGUAGGUAUCGCCCCCAAUGCAGUGGUGGCCCAGGAUGGUAGCGGCCAGUUCAGGACCCUUGCCGACGCCCUCAAUGCCUACCCCAAGGGCCACAAGGGCAGAUACGUUGUCUACGUGAAGGCUGGUGUCUACCAGGAGUUCUACGUCCUUACCAAGGAGAAGGUUAACGUGUUCAUCUAUGGAGAUGGCGCAAGGAGGACCAUCAUCACCGGCGACAAGAGCGUCAUUAAAUCCCACUUGAAGACCUCCCAGACUCCCACCUUCGCCGUGGAAGCAAACGGAUUCAUCGCCAGGGACAUCGGAUUCACAAACACUGCUGGACCCGAUGGAGAGCAGGCUGUGGCCCUCCGUGUGAAUGCCGACAUGUGCGCUUUCUUCAGCGUCAGGAUUGACGGGUACCAAGACUCCCUGUACGUCCAGUCGGGCUUGCAGUUCUACCGCAACUGCGUCAUCUCUGGAACUGUAGACUUCAUCUUCGGUGACUCAAGCACCAUCAUCCAGAACUCCCUGAUCAUCAUCCGCAAGGGCAGGAAGGGCAACCAGAACACCGUGACUGCCCCCGGGAAUGAGGAGCAGCACGAAACCACCGCCCUUGUGCUCCACAACUGCAGGAUCGUCCCUGAGCAGCUUCUUGUUCCUGAGAAGUUCGUCAUCAAGAGCUACCUCGGCAGACCAUGGAAGAAGUAUGCCAAAUCCAUCAUCAUGGAGACGGAGAUCGGGGACUUCAUCCAGCCCGCUGGGUACCUAUCCUGGAACGGUGACCAGACCGGCUACUUCGGGGAGUACGGAAACCGCGGUCCUGGAGCUGACACCAGCAGAAGGGUCAACUGGAGGGGAUUCAAGAUCAUGGGCAAGGCUGAUGCCGAGCAGUACACCGUCCAACGUUACCUUAACGUCAAGGUCCCAUGGGUCCGCUUCACCGGGAUCAAGUAUAUCCCUGGGCUGUUCAGGCCUUGAAAGCGACCCCCAGAAUGGCAUGCAUGCAUGCAACGUAUAAAUAUUUUUUUAAAAAAAAAAAGAAAAAAGAUACACAUAUGCUGCUUGGGGGGUUCACCUUGUGAAGGGAAAAAGGGAGUUUAAUUUGGAUAUGUUAUGGUGACGACCAAAGUGGUUUUGAUGACAUUCUUUUUCUUCUGAAGUGCAAAAACAGAGAGAUAAAAAACUUCAUCCCAUU